GGCUAUUUAAGCAUGAAGAAAACGUACUUCAGUACAUUCAGAAAACAAACUGAUUACUAGAGCUUACUUUGAACUUUGCAAGAAGAUUAACAAACGCAAAAUGAUCUGGCCUUCUGCAUUCGUCCUCCUCACUGUGGCGUCCAUCUGGGCAGACGCCGACAACAGACGAGAAGUCUCCAAAAUGGACUGGAUAGCAUUGAUACCAGCACCUAUAAGGUCGCGAGCCAUUCAGGUUCCGGGAGAAAAUAACGAUGUAGAUCGUAGUUCUGUCAUUAAAAGUCCACGGAUGAUUAUCAAGAGUGAACCUAAAGGAAAGAGAGAAACCGUAGAGGAUAUCAGUUCAGUUAUGACCAACGGACUGGAAAUUGGAAAUGCUAGACUUCCAAUGAUCCAAAUUUCUUCGAUCAGUUCAACUCAAAAAGCGGAUGCUGACUUAGAGGAUUCGACUGCUCGUAAGAUUAGAGUACCUGUCGUUCCAGUUAUUCAACGCUCUCUCACCAGUUCAUCUGUAGUGGAUGAUUGAGCUUCAUUACGUAAAACCAAAUUAAAGUUCGGUCAAUUGUUCAUGGACUUGAAAAAAAAAAAGAAAAAAAAAGUGGAUGUAAGUUAAAGUUGUCGGAAACACUGUUACAAUAGAAAAGCUUUUCUUCCAGUUUUAACAAGCAUCGAAAACAGAUUGAAUCGAGAUAGUGAUUCAAUGAUUUUAAAUUAUCUUCAAAAUAGACGAACUUACUCUUAUUUCGAGAAGGCGAAUUUACGUAUGAACAUUAUUAUACAAUUUGAUAUAUUUUAAAAUAAUUCAACUGUGUUUAAAUUUAAAAUUGCUUUUUUUAAAUAUAAAAAAAAAUUAAGUUCAUUGUGCACAUUUGAAACUUGCUUUUAUGAAAUAAAAACAAUUUAACUUC